UCCAGGGCUAGGACAAACCAAAGCCAGGAGUUUAGAACUCAAUUGAGAUCUUAAAAUACUGGAGGUAUAACCUGCUACAUUAGCUGGAAGCUGGAUCAGAAGUGGAGGCAGAAUUAGAACCAGGGAGUCUGAAAUGGGAAGCAGGUAGUGACUUAAUUGUUGAGUCAGUACCUUUUGCCAACAGGUGGUUUUGAUCCUGAGAGUCCCUUUGGUGCUGGUUAGUAGAUAGCAUCUCAGAGUAUAUUGAAAUAAAUAUAGGAUGUUUCAUGUGUAAGUGGCUUCUGCAAGCUAUGGUGCCUCUUGCCAGGCCAUGUUUCAUCCCUGUGGGUGCUCCUCUGCAGUGGCUCUGGGAGCAUGUGAGGUGAUGUUUUCCGGUCUGGCAUCUUCUGAUUGUCAGGGAGUGGGAGGAUGCUAGAACAGUCAUACCUCUUGUUAAUUCUUGACCGUUCUACAAACUAAGGUGUCAGGGAACCCAACUUCUGUUUUGGAGCAUUGGGGAAAAUAAUUUUAUAUAGCCUUCCCUAUCUGUUGGUGUGUUCAGAAUAAGUCAGUAUACUUCACUUUAAGAGUUAUUUGCAAGAAAAAGCACUCCCAUUCUCUGAUUUCACUCCCCUAAUGCCUGCAAGCUGGGAACUCAAUCUAGAUCCACAUAUGGAUUUCAGGGCCCCAACUAUGUGAGCCAUCACCACUGUCUCCAAGGGUCUGAGUUACUAGGAACCUGGACUCAGAAGCUGAAGCCAAGGAUUGAAUGCAGAUGCUCCAGUGUGGGAUGCAGGAGAGCUGUCCCCGUGGAAGCGACGAAGGGACUGGCUCUGAGAGUUGGAACGAACUGGAGCGUGUCACCCCUUCAUGCAGCAGUGGUCACUCGUGUCUCGUGGGCUUGCUGUGUUGCUCUGCACCGCUGCAGCUGCCGCAGCACCAUGACUGUGCUCAUCGUGCUCCUGUCCAUGCUGGUCGCAGGUGUCGUGGGGAAUGAGUUUAGUGUCUUAAGAUCACCAGAGUCUGUUGUUUUCCGCAACGGAGGCUGGCCGAUACCAGGAGAGCGAAUCCCAGAUGUGGCUGCACUGUCCAUGGGCUUCUCUGUAGAAGACGACCUUUCUUGGCCGGGACUGGCAGUGGGUAGCCUGUUCCACCGGCCUCAGGCUACUGUUAUAGUGACGGUGAAAGGAGUGAACAAACUUGCUCUGCCUCUGGACAGUGCUAUCUCAUACCCAUUGGAGAAUGCAGUACCUUUUAGUCUUGACAGUCUUGCAGAUUCCAUUCAUUCUUUGUUUUCAGAAGAAACUCCUAUAGUUUUGGAGUUGGCUCCCAGUGAAGAAAGAGUGUAUAUGGUGGGGAAGGCAAACUCAGUGUUUGAAGACCUCUCAGUAACGUUGGGACAGCUCCACAAUCGCCUGUUACACAAUAACUCCAUCCUCAGUUCUCUUCCCCUCAAUUCUCUGAGUAGGAACAAUGAAGUUGACCUACUCUUUCUUUCUGAACUGCAAAUGUUGCAUGACAUUUCAAGUCUGUUGUCUCAGCAGCAGCAUCUAGCCAAGGAUCCUUCUCCGGAUUUGUAUUCCCUGGAACUGGCAGGUUUGGCUGAAGUUGGGAAACAUUAUGGGGAAGACUCUGAGCAAUUCCAAGACGCUUCCAGGAUCCUUGUGGACACACUGCAGAAGUUUGCAGAUGAUAUGUAUAAUCUUUAUGGUGGGAAUGCUGUGGUAGAGUUAGUGACGGUCAAAUCAUUUGACACAGCCCUUGUGAGGAAGACAAGAGCAAUCCUGGAGACAAGACAAGAGAACCCAGCAACUCCCUACAACCUUGCAUAUAAAUAUAAUUUUGAAUAUCCAGUGGUUUUCAACAUGAUACUUUGGAUCAUGAUCGCCUUGGCCUUGGCUGUGAUUGUCACCUCUUACAAUAUGUGGAACAUGGAUCCUGGAUAUGAUAGCAUCAUUUAUAGGAUGACAAACCAGAAGAUUCGAGUGGAUUGAACUUGGCUUAUUUGAAACUUUAAAAGGUUUAGAAAUUGGUUGUUUUAUUAAAAUACACCUUUUAGUGUGGUUUAAAGUGGAUAGUGUACUUUAAAUUUAUAUAUAAAAAAGCAAAUUUUGUUUUGUGUGUGCCUGUGGGUUUUCUUAGAAUAAUAGUAUUGGUAUGAAUUUAAUUGUGUAAUAUAGAUUCCAUAAUAUGCUCAAAUACUGUGACAUAGCCACCUAAAAUAGCUUUCUCCUUUAAUAAAGUCUGAAAUACACAUUGAAUGAAAUGUGAAAGAGUGACCUUUAUUAUUUAUGUUAGAAAAUGCACUGAAUUUAUUAGAGAAGCUGAAUUUAUUAGAGAAACUUAUCAGUGUUUAACUUCCACAGAAGAUAGAGAAAUUUCAUGUUUAGGUGAUUAAAACUGUGAGCCAUUUGUACAUGUCUUAGUUUUAUGUAAAUACUCCUGAAAUGAGAGAAAAGGGUUUUAACUUAGUGCAGUCCCAUAAUAUGGAUGUGAUUGUACAGUCUCUUUGUUCUGGAACUGUCUCUGAUGGACAAGGUAGCUGGUUUUUAACUUUUGCAUCUGUGAUGAGACCAACUUUGUGGUGUUUAGAUGAUUGUAGUUACACACACAGAAACAGAUCUUUGGGAGACAGCUUGAGGCAUGAAUAUAAAAUGUUUUCAGUAAUUAUUCACUUGUAAUAUUCCUGUGAUUUGUGGCAGUUUCAUUCUAUAGAGUACUAAGUGGAAGUGAAUGAUUUCUACUUCUCCUAUGAAAGUGAACCAGUUUCUGGUAAGAGUGACAAAGAAUGAUUCCAAAAAUCAACAAUAUAGGACUGUUUC